AUGGAAGGAAGAAAUGUCACAGAUGUGCAUGAAUUCAUUCUCUUGGGAUUUUCUGAUAUUCCCAAAUUCCAAGGCCUCCUUUUUGUGAUUUUCUUGGUUAUCUACCUGAGUAUCAUCAUAGGAAAUGCACUUAUCAUUGUAAUUACAAAAGCUGAUCCAGCUCUCCAAACUCCAAUGUACUAUUUUCUUAGAAACUUUUCCUUCUUAGAAAUUUGUUACACAUCGGUCACUCUCCCCAGAAUGCUAAUGAAUCUUUGGACCCAGAAGGGAAAUAUUUCUUUGUUGGCCUGUGCUGCACAGGUUUGCUUAAUUCUAGGCUUGGGAGGCAGUGAAUGCUUCCUCCUUGCUGCAAUGGCAUAUGACCGCUAUGUGGCCAUUUGUAAGCCCCUCUAUUAUUUGUUUAUCAUGAACCACAAGAUCUGUGUUCAGCUGGUUAUUGGGUCCUGGAUCAUUGGGACACCAGUUGUGUUAGGACAAACAUACCAGAUUUUUUCUCUACCCUUCUGUGGUCCUACCAAACUCAAUCACAUUUUCUGUGAUAUCUACCCGAUACUGCAGGUGGCUUGUGGAGCUACCUCUAUCAGUGAGAUCUUUAUCUAUGCAGAUGUGGUGCUAUUUGGCAUUGUUCCCUUUCUAUUGAUAUGUGGAUCCUACAUCAAAAUCAUUGGUAGUAUUUUGAAGCUGCCAUCAGCAACAGGGAAAUAUAAAGCUUUUUCUACUUGUUCUUCUCAUCUUAUGGUAGUGGGCCUCUUCUUUGGUUCUGGCAUCAUUAUCUAUUUGCAACCCAAAUCCACCCACUCAUCAGUAACAGACAAAAUUCUCUCUCUCUUCUAUACCACUUUGACCCCAUUAUGUAAUCCAAUGAUAUAUUGCCUGAGGAACAAGGAUUUCAUUAUGACAAUAAGAAAAUUAUUAUCAAAACCUGCAAGAAUUGGAAACAAAUAG